CUGUCUACUCAUAAAACCCUUCCUCUUUGUUUCACAACACGGUUCAUUUAGUUCAGCUCAGGAUCUCUCCUGCCGUCUCCAUGCAGCAGGUUAUCAGUGUCUGGGUGCGAGACCCGCGGAUACAAAAGAAUGACUUCUGGCAUGCCUACAUGGACUAUGAGAUUUGUUUACAUACCAACAGUGUGUUCUUCACCAAGAAGACUUCAAGAGUGAGGAGGAGAUUCAGUGAGUUUGUGUGGCUCAGACAGAAAUUACAGGAAAAUUCUCUCCUACUCUUACAGCUACCACACCUUCCACCCAAAAACCCCUUCUUCAGUCUGAACAACGCCCAGCAGGUUGCAGAUCGGAUGAAAGGACUCCAGAGGUUUUUGGAAAAAAUCCUCCAGAGCAAUCUGGUGUUAUCCGACAGCUGCCUGCACCUUUUCCUUCAGUCCCAGCUGAGCAUUUCCAAAAUGGAGGCUUGUGUUGCUGGAAAGACCAGCUUCACCGUGGCCCAGGCUGUGCAGAGCUGCGGCCUGAGGAGAUUUCACUCAGAAGAGGACCUGCAGAGGGACCUCAGCGUGUUCUGUGACUCUGACUCAGAUAGCUCAGAGUGCAGAGAUCCAGGGCACAAGACAAGAGAGUUGACAUUAAACAAGUCAAGGAGUGCAGCUACCCUUGAUCUGAGGGGAACCUGCCAAGAGGAGAUGCUCAGCUGAUCGCCUGGUUCUGUAUGAAAACUGAAAACUACUGGAUGAAAGUUCGAGUCUAUUUACUUGAUUCAUGUUCAUCUUUCUGGAUAUGAAAUCACUUUAGGAAAAGCAACUUGUUACCUUUCCCUGAACCAUUUUCACGUUUGUGUAAUUUACAUUGUCCUAAUUGGAAAGCCAGUUUCACAAAAUCAGAGUUGAAUGGAGAGAUGAAUGGCACUAAAUUCACAGCAAUACUGGAUGAAAAACUGGUAGAGGCUUGAGACUGAUGGAGAGGUUCACCUUACAGCAGGUCAUCAACCCUAAACAUACUGUAUACCCACAGCAUGUUCAUGUGGCAAAAUGGCCCUGUCAAAGUACUAACCUAAAAAUAAUUGAGAAUCUGCUGCAGAAUUUGAAAAAGAAUGUUUAUAUACACUCUCCAUCCAACUUGACUUUACUUAGCUAUUUUGGGGGGAAAAAAUGGGUAAAAGUAUCAAUUUGUUAAUGUGCAAAGCUCAUUUUUCAGACUCCUAUUUCAGAAACAACUUAUUUUACUUCUGUGUGUCAACUAGAUUACUUAACUACGUCGCCGAAAGUGACAAAAUGUGUGAAAAAGUUUAUUCGGGGGUAUGAAUGCUUUUGUAAAAUUAUCCAUAAUGUUUUGUUGUAUUGUGAUAUUACGCUGUGUGCAUGGUAGAAAAUGUGUAGCAAUGUUGCGCCUGUGGGUGGCAGUGUUGUCACACUUUAUACAUUUAUCUCUCGGAAGCAUGUGCUGUAACUGUGUGUUGUAGCUUUAUAAAUUAAUUUUGACAGAAGCAUGACAGAGUUUGCUCAUUCGUACCAAGAAAAUGUCCCAAUAGCAGGAUAAUAUGUCUAGCAGUCAUAGCCUGAUGUCACGGUAUAGGUCUCCAGUGUGGGAAGCUUGUCAUCUGGUGGCCACUGCAGUGCUUAGCAGGAUGACAUGUUUAAUAAGGUCUCAGCAGAGUUUCUGCACACACACACCCCUGUCAGGUGUGUGACGGGCAGGAGGUCCUCUGGACUCCCACUGGACUCACUCCUGUCUGAGAAGGCCACCAGUAAGACAGGAAACAUUGCUUUCUGCUGAGCAAAUGCCAGCUGUGCUGACAGGCUGCUCCUUUAAUCUGUCUGCCUUGCUUUGUGUUAGUUUGAGACCGUUCCUUGCAGCUGUUUCUGCUACUGUGUGUGUGUCUCCUUGUGUUUGAGGCAUUGUAAGGACUAUUUUCCUAACAUUUGUACCAUGUUGUGUGACUCACAAGCUUGAUUCCCAUAAGAAGAAGUAUUGUUUUGGAGCUUUUAGGUUAGUUUUAGUAUUAGGUAUGUUCUGGUAAUUGUUAGGUUAGAGUAAGAGCCAGGGUUAGGCCGUAGAUUAGCUGUUUCUCUGUGCAGCAGCUGAGGAGUUCAUUAUGAAUUCAGAACUGGCUUGUAUUAGGAAGAAGAGGUGCAGGUAGCCUUUCUUUUCUAAGGAUAUCUUGUCAUAUACGUGUGCAUAUGUUACAAUACAGUACACAUUGUUAAAAAAAAUCAGACCAAUGUUUGAGUGUGUGCUGAAGACAGUUCUUUUAUCUGAUUAUUCAUAAAGAGGUUAGCUGUUAGCUGUUUUUGAGCUUAUUGUUUCUAAAGCUAAAAUAUAAAUAGUGUAUGUUGUUUCAUAUCGAAACUAAAGUAUUAGACCUUCAACUGGGAAUCUUAACAAAAAGAUUAAGUGAAACACUGAUUCAUUAUUCCAAUUCCAUUAUUGUCCAAUUUAGCAGAAGUGGAAAAAAAAACCUGUACUCUACAUGUUCUUUUCAAGAUGUUGUAAUAAGUGAAGUUUUUUUCUCCGUUAAAACUUGAACAACCAACACGAGUUUUUUUAGCUAACUCUAGUUUUAAGAUACAGCUUAUUUUAACAUCCUCUAACAACUCAAGUCAUCAACGACUUUAGAGAACACAUACAACACUUAAAAGAUCCCAUCUGUCACUUCUCUCCACAUUUCCAAUCCGAGCAGAGCUGUGGUUGGGGUCGGUGAUUUUCUCCCAGACAAGACAGCACAGAGACACACACAAGUCAAACACCUCAGGUAAAUUCAAGGAUUCAAGGAAUUCAGAUAAAUGUUUAUUGGCCAAGAGGCCUAGCUGCCAUGUUUUUGGAUUCAGAGAGGAAGUUAUGUAUUUGGAGAGAACAAACAAAUGCAGUAUUACACCAUACAAUCUCCACACUAGGAGGGACCAACCAGGAUUUCAAUCCUUGUAACCGCACCACCGUACCGUCCCUCAUAUCUUCUUACUCUUCUCCUUAAAGACAGAUUUUAAAUGGAUGUGGAAAUAUAUUUUCCCCCCUUGUGAAAUAAAGAAUUAAUUAAGAUUAAGAAUAUUUUUUGGUUAAAAUUUAGCAGCCAGUUUCUCUACCAACGUUUGAAUUGAAAUGUUUAAGCAUUUCAGGACUGAAACUGUUGGGUUUCACUCAGCCUGACGGGGAAUAUUGAAUCAAAUUUUAAUGGUCUGUGACUCUGGUAUACCGGCCAUUAACUCCAGGCUACUGUAAUCUGUCAGCAAAGCUCUUCUGCCGUAAAACCAGUAACUACUAAAAACAGUUUGGUCCGCUGCUAUACAAACAUUGUGUGAGCCUCUAUAGAGGUGCAAGAGAUUUGAAAACAUAGCGAUUCAGUAAAAUUAUCAGAGAAUGCGUUCUAUAAAAACAACAAAUGCUUUGUUUCUAUUUUAGUGUGAAAUUAAUGACUACAGCUUAAUAGUAAAUAGUAAAAGAUUGGACAGAGGGAUGAGCCUUCUCUGAGAGAAGUGUCUGCCUCAUACCACAACAUCAUAUGUGUUUCUCUAAUAAAUCCCAUCUCAAAUCUG